CUUGAAAUAGCGAAGAAUCCCACUUGGUGGAGUGGGUUGCUAUCGAGAAGAGGUCGAAUCCGAUCGAGGACGGUUGAUCUUUUUUGUGCUUCUUCUGACAUGAGUCGGAGAGGAGCGAUGCUAGGCCUCGACUUGGCAUCGUCCUUCGACUCGACAUCUCUGGAAGCGAAGUCCGGCCGCGAGCAGAUGGAUGAUUCGGUGACCACCGAUUCAUCCGUCCUCGAUGCCGAGGAUUCCCGCUCCACCCGACCCGCGGCAGCCUACGAGUUCAGUAUCUUGAAGGGUUAUGUGUCGGGAGAAGGCGAGAACGGGGACGGGAUCGGAGCCCCGCAGCAGCCUGGGUUGGUCACCAAGCAGCUCUUUCCGCUGGCGCCAUUGCCUCUUUGGAUGGAUCUCACUCCACAUCAACCGCCGACCAAAAAGAGUCGCAGGGGGCCGCGGUCUCGGAGCUCUCAGUACCGGGGCGUCACGUUCUACCGCAGGACAGGGAGAUGGGAAUCUCACAUUUGGGAUUGUGGGAAACAGGUGUAUUUGGGAGGCUUUGACACUGCUGAAGCUGCUGCAACGACAUAUGAUCGAGCUGCAAUCAGGUUUCGGGGAGUCGAUGCUGACAUCAAUUUCAAUCUUAGUGACUAUGAAGAAGAUCUGAAGCAGAUAAAAUACCUACCAAAGGUAGAAUUUGUGCAUUUUCUUCGUCGACAAAGCACGCGAUUCUCAAGGGGUGGUUCAAAAUACAGAGGAGUGACCCUUCACAAGUGUGGUCGUUGGGAAGCUCGGAUAGGGCAAUUCCCUGGCAAGAAGUACGUAUAUCUUGGACUGUUCGACAGCGAAAUAGAAGCUGCAAGGGCUUACGACAAGGCAGCUAUAAAGUAUAAUGGAAGCAAUGCUGUUAUCAAUUUUGAUCCAAGUACCUACGAAGGAGAAGUAAUUUCCGAGUAUGUUACCAAAGCCGAUGAUGUGGAUCUGAAUUUGAGGAUUUCCCAGCCUGUUGUCCACGGUCCAAAGGGGAAUGGAAUUCAUUGUGUAGCCAAUUUGAAGCUGAUGAUGCCGACAGAACAAUGAUGCAGGAGAGUCAGUCAGAGUUCUCCUCUGCAGCAUCAUCAGGAUUCUCAACUACCGAAGCCACAGCUGGUCUUCCUCCCUUGCAAGCGCCACCUUCAGCAACCCAUCAUCUCCGUUCCUCUCCACGAGCUACUACAUCAUGUCACAGUCUCUGGAACCCAAAUCAUUAGGGCUCAGAUGGAGCUGCAAUGUGGUGCCUGUGGUCAUGUCAGUUAUCUUUUGUGUAUUUCUCCUACUUUAGCCCGCAUUGGCGGGACCAUUUCCUCCAUAAUUUGCUUGCAGGAGGAGAGACGUGAUGUGUACUCACUCUUCCAACCAAAGUUAAACGUGACACGCCACAUGAAUCA